AUGGUUAUUCGUCUCUGCUGAUUUCUUUCAAUCUUCAGGGGAGAAGUUGUCCCAGGACAGGUGUCUCACCCGGGAAAAAACCCGCUGGUUUCUCCGGAAAACAUGACCUCUCCGGACCAAGAUGUGGACUAAGCUCAUUUUUGUUGCCCUUUCUCUUCUGCGCUGCGCAGUCUCCUCCUCUCCUCCAAAACCGAUUAAUGUCAGCUUCUCUUCCGUGAACCUGAGGAAUGUUCUGCACUGGUUUCCAGGAAAUGGCACACCAGAAGGCACACUCUUUACUGUGCAAUAUGCCAUCUACGGAAACCCCAGGGAGGUCAGAAAAGGAAAACGGGAGCACUGGAGAGCAGUGGACCAGUGCACCAAGAUCAUACGGACUUGGUGCGAUCUGAGUGCUGAGACGCGGGAUGAGGAAGAAAGAUACUACGCCAGAGUUCGCGCAUUGGGAAGAAAUUCAUCUUCAAAAUGGACUGAGACAAACAAAAGAUUUGAUCCAAAGUCAGAGACAAUUUUAGGCCCUCCACUGGUUUCUGUGGAAAUAGAGAACAACAGUGCAGUUGUCACUAUAAAUGGGCCGGUGAGGUAUUCACCAAACAACCACACCCCAGCGCUUACCAUGAAAACGAUCUACCAUCGCAUGUCUUACAACCUCUCCAUCUUCAGCACCAACCGCAAUCAAGUGCUUCAUUUUCCAGUGGAGAACAACCUGUUCAAAUAUCACAUGAUGGACUACAAUACAGAAUAUUGCUUCUCUGCCAAAUCAAGAUUCCUCUCCAUACCACUGCAAUCCAUGUCCUCAGUUUGGCACUGCAUAACCACACCUCAAGACCCUGUUAUUAUGCAGCUGCAGCAAGUGGUUGUGGGGAUUGUUGUCCCAUCGCUUUGCAUUUGUAUAAUUGUGUUGGUCAGUUACCUUCUCUACAACUACCUGAGUGGGAAGAAACAGACAAGCCCACAUAUAUUGAAUCAACUAUCCUUUCACCCAUGUCCCGUUGUGUUCCUUCCUGAUCAUGCCACCCUGCAGCUAACCAGUAUUAUUCCCAAUAAGCCACCUCCUGGGAUGCAACCCUUCAUUCCAUACCCUUCACUGCGUCCCCCGAAUCCAUAUGCACCUCAGAGGUCAGAAUUACAACAAGAACCCGAAGAACCCAUGAAUAAUUUAUCAGAUGACUAUGCCGCUGUCAUCACUAAAAAAGUUAGUGGAGAGAACACAAGACAGAGGGAGUCUGAGGAAGGAGUUGCUGUGAAUAACUUGAAGGAUGAGCACCAGAAAAAUGCAGAUUGUCACGAGAAGAAAGAUGUUAACAUUAAAGAUGAUAGUUCUUCUAGUGGGUACAAGCCUCAAGCUGAAACAUUCGGGCAAUCACCUACGCAGACAGAGGUUAGUGCUUUAUUGCAGAGUUUGCCAUGCUCCCUAGGGCCCCCUGUUUUACCAUCACAAACUCAGGCACCAACCCAAUCUAAUCAGAGAUCAUUUAGUGAUAAGCAAACUAUAGAUAACAAUACAGAGUCCUCAGCUUUGUGGUUUACCAAAAACCUACAAACUGGUACAUUUAAUGUCCAUCUAAACCUACCAUUGUUGAAGGAGGAAGGAAAGAGGGAAGAGGUAAAGGGAGGUGAGCAGAAACAAAAUCAGUGUGAGAAUGUUCCUCUUCUUUCUGAGUAUGCCUCUCAGGUCAUCCCAACCAUGCCCACUGUCCACUCACAACGGUCUGACUGCUUGUCCGAUGAGUACGGUGCUCUGAUUCAAGCUAAGGAAGCAGAGGCAGGUCAUUUUAAGAGGGUGAUGUGUAGUAACUGGAAUCCUGAGGACAUGCAAGAAAUGCUGCCCAUGCCAGGGAUGACCUUUAACGUCAGCGAAAGGUUGGGUGGCAUGCAGCCUUCAGACAGCGGCAAAGAGGACAAUAUAGGAGGAACAUUUGAGGGGAUGUAUAUGACAAGGAAUCACCUGAAGUUGGAAAAUGUGCUUCUCAGACAAAUAAGUGACGAAGAGGCUUGCUCACAGAUAGAGGAAGAAGAUAAUAUUCUAAGCAAAUGGAAUUUGGUCAUCUCAAAUGAUGACUAGAAGAAAUUAAUGACUGCCAGUUUUACUCUUAUCUACAAGCAUCAUGUCAUCAUAUUACAGUAAUGUACUGCAUUAGGUAUUGAGUCCAGUUAAUGUAAAUCUUUUUUUUAUAUAUAUAUAUAAAUAGCUCAAAUCACAGUGAGGUGUUUACAUUUAUUGGAUUUUUGUGUAGCUAAAAGGUGCUGGUGACGUCACUUCUUUGUCAUUUUGUACCUUUGCACUCUUGGUUCUUUCGUGUUCCACUUUUAUGGCUGUAUAAUGCCGCCAUAUACUUUGACAUGUUUCUUAUGAAAUACAUUUGUAGUAGCCAGGGGAAAUUUUGCACCUGCAACUACAACCAACAGUUAGAGUUGUUUUCUUUAUUUCUAUUCUACCAUAGUACACUGUAAGGAAAUAACUAUUUUUAAUUGAUUCCAACAAAUCAUAUCUGCCAGCUCAUGCACAAUACAUUUUGGUUUUAAUAGGUGUCAUCUUAGUAUUUCAUAAAAAUGAUUUAACCUAAAUUGGUUUUAGAACCAAAGCCCCCCAAAAAUAAUAGGAUAUAACACAAAAAAUUCAGAAAAUAAAGUGAGGUUUGAAUGUUUUGUCACCAUCUCCAUAAGUCUUGAAAACAACUGGCUACAAAGAAAAAUAAACUGAUCUAUAGGUUAAGUGACAAAUUGGUUUAUUUCUGGCUAUAAAAUGAAAGCAUUAAGGUACACAAUGGCAAAGAGGUGAAUUGACCUGAAGCUGCAGAUAGUCAACAAGCAAACAAUUUGAAAAUAAUGAGGACAGAGCUUCACCUCUACCCUAACCCUUGACCCUAGGUUCAUCAGAUGUAGCAACAGAAAGCUUUAGGUGUAUGAUUCAUGCCUUUUUCUUUUUGUGGUGUAUUUGAGUGACUCCGUUGCAACGUCACAUAAAGCCCAGGGAGUGCCACUUUUGAGUUUAGGAUCUUGUUUUUUAUUUCUUAAAUGAUGCCAUUUUUAUGAGAAACCCUUUUAGAAAGUGCAAAUGAUGAUUGGCUUAAACAUUUUCAGACGUAAAGCAAUAUAAGUUGUCAGUAGGAGACAACUUGACAAGUUGUCAGUAGGAGACAAGAAACAAAAGCAGGAGCAACUGCUUUUGUUUCUGUUAACAAUUAGAAAAAUAACAAGCAAUCUGAAACAAAUCAGAUCUCUCACAAGCUCUGUCAUUUUAUGGAAAGCUGACUUUACGUAGGAGUAGUGUCAAAUAUGUGGUACUUUAUUGUAUCAUUUUUGUGUACGGCAACAUCUUAAAGGAUUUUCCCGGAUAAUUCUGUGGUGUUUCACUAGCUAUACCAGCUCAUUUUAUAUAACUGUGCACAUCUUUAUGCCGUGUACAGGUUUCAGUAACAGAAAUACUUGGUUUAGUUGCAGAGUUUAAUCAUUUGAUUCCAGUUACAGCACUUGAAACUCCAUAUGUGAUUACUGAAUAUAUAUUUUUUUGUCUAUUGUUGGUAAAUUUAGUGGAAUAUCUAUGAAAUUCAUUCCUUAUGUAUUUAUACUGGUUUUAAAUCAUUUCUGAUGAUCAGAGGAAAACAUCAGAGGAAAAAUAAUUAUGCAUGUUAAUUAUUUCUAGAGGAAUAUAUAGCACUUUAUUACUAAAUACAUCUUAUGUUUACUCAUGAAGCAAUGUGUGGCACUAUGUGUCAACUUUUCUUUCCUCAUUAUAUAAUUUUUUACUUUCUUUUCUUACAAAGCCAACAGGUUCUUCUUAUCAGCAUUAAUUGUGCUGCUAUCUUGAUUUUCUGGUUUAGGCCAAAACUUGUUCGGUUUUUUUAGAAGUAAGAUAUGCCUGUGAAGGUUUGUUUUUUUUCUGUGUCACUGCAAGUUGCCAGACUUCUUUACUUGACACAGAUACUUCCUCAUUCCAUCACCAUAAGUAGGCCUAACUAAAGUGGUAUGAUUACAUACAACACUGUAAAUACUUUCAUCUGGUGCCUACCUCCAACUAAUGUUCCGGGUGAAAAUACUUUCAGUUUCCUUUUUUUUGAGCUGUAAUAGAGAAGAUAACUUAAAAGUAGUUGUUUUUUACUCAAAUAUAAAUGAAGGAAAUCUUUAUUUAAUUGUAUUAUUGUUUCUGAUUGUGUGCCUUUUUUAAUGAAGCUUUUAAAAUCUUUAUACAAAAAAUACAGCAUUUUUUUUCUUGGUCCUACUAUGAGAAUAGGAUAUCAGGGAGGUUCCAAGUGCUCUGCCAUCAUUUUUGAACUUUUAUGCCAAUUCUGAUUCCCAGUUGGUUCAUUUACUUUCUGUUUUCUGUAUUUACAGAGUUAAGGAUGAUAAAUUACAGACUUUGUAUGCAAACUCUGGGCAUUAAAUGAGGUCAUAGUUUUACAUUGAUAUGAAUUUUUACAUUGAUAUGUAUUUGUAUUGAGAGAAAUGACAGAAUUAAAAAAAAUAAACUGAAUGUAUUGCAUA